GAUGUCAGAGCAGUGUCGUUUUAUAUAUUUUUAGCUGGUAGGCGGGAGCGGGGUUCUCGUCGAGUGGGCCGUGGGACGCGUCAAACGCCUCUCGCAAGCAUUCUGCAAGAUUGCCGCGCGCGUAAUACGUAUGUAAUGCGUACGGGAAAAUGACUUCGCGAGGCAUAAGACGGAAGAAAUCCUCCCUGUCCGAAGUGAAAGUGGCCGUGGUAGGCGCACCGUCGGUCGGAAAGAGUGGUAUGUGUGCGAACGAUCCCAGUUUAUCGCUAACGGUUCGGUUUCUUACCAAACGCUACAUCGGAGAAUAUGAUCAUCAACAGGAGAGUAAAUACAAGCACGAAGCACUUCUAGAUGGGGAACCGAUUCUCUUUGAAAUAUUGGACACAUGCCCAAAGGGUUUAAACGAGCUACCUGGCAACGAGGUCGCGCAGUGGGCCGACGGUUUGUUUCUGGUUUACUCUAUUACGGAUAGAGAAUCGUUCAAUUAUGUGAGACGAGCGAAGCAAAGUCUACAGCCCGAAGUUCCUUUGACCCUGGUGGGGAACAAGGCAGAUAUGGUGCAUUUGAGACAGGUUAGUCUUGAGGAGGGUGAAAUUUUGGCGAAAGACUUUGAAUGCAACUUCGCCGAGGUGGCAGCGGCAGAGCAAGUCAAUCAAGUCGGCGAGGUGUUCCACGAGCUCUGUCGAGAGGUGCUCUCUCACCGAAGGCGGGCGAAACACAGCCUUUUAGACAGAAUGUUGGGUUCCAAAACUGCGUAUCGGGUUUAUUCACGCGGCAAAAGUGACAGCGCUCUACCCAAAGACUAAAUAUUUUUUAAUUUUUGCAUUUAUAAUAUGACGUGUUUACUUUUAUAUUUAAAGUCUGCACAGUCUUUUUUCUGCAGUCAAAUUGAAAUUUUACAUACAUACUAUGCAUGAAUUUCAAAUAAGCCGAAAACUUACAUUAAGUGGCUAACAUAAUGGUGAAAUUGUUAAUUUGAUUUUUAUUUUACACAUUAUUCUGAAGACAUAGAAUGCUUUUGUACAGGUAUAGAUAGAUACAUCUCCAAAUUUGUCUUUACACUUAUUAUCGUAAUUUUAGCUUUUUCUUAGAAAAAGUCUAUGCAACAUAAUAAUGAAAAUUCAUCACAAUCAUUCUAUUUAUAAUGAAACUAGUAAUUUUUAAAAUUAAUUUUGAAAGACAUUUUGUAUGAAAUAUUUUGAUCACAAAACUAUAAUUUUUACUAAAAACUUUGACCUUCAAUAGUUUUUUUGGACAAGUGGGAACGAUGGGUGAUCUUUCAAAAAACCUUGAGAAAAAUAUUCUUAGCUUUUAUGAAAUUUUUUUUAGCUUCUGUGAAAAUUAGCAAUGUAAGCAAGAGUAAUUGCUUACAUUGCUAUUAGAUAUUAUCUAACCCAUAAUAUGUGGGAACGGAAAGCCCGAUAUUACGUCCUCCCUUACACUUUAUGGUGGGAUAUUAUGCGUACCAUGAAGGAUUGUACAGACUUUAGUAGAGAACGAAUUCGAUUAUUAGACUUGAAUGAACGUGACGAACUUUAAGUAGUUAACUUCAAAAAGUCUCUAUGUGAUGAGCAAUAGAUGAUGGUUUUCAUGGCAGUAUAGGUCACAGGGUAAGCCACUGAGUUACAGUGUACUAGAGACUCGCACGCAUUACUAUUGUGUUCCGUUCAACUGCGGCGAUAUCGCCGCACUUUGUAGUUUCGUGCUGACAUAUUUUGUUGAGCGAAACGCCAUGUAUCAUGACAUUGACGACGAUGCGGAUGCAAUGCGAUGUAUCGUUGCAUAUAUUAAAAGAGUGCGUAUACUUAACUAAUGUUUUAGCAAUGCAGCAAAUAUAUAUUAACUACCUACAGCUAUUAUAUUAACUACAUAAUAUUAUAAAAAUAAAAAAGGAAAUAUACUAAAUUUAAACUAUAUCUAGAGACUCGGGCCACCUCGGGCGUCGUAGAAUUCGUCCGAGUCGAUGUCCAUUGGUAAACUGCCAUGCAGCAAAUACUUCAAUCAUCCACUUCUGUGCUGGCCCCACGCUCUUUUUAUGUUGCAACAUGAUUUUUGUUUGAAACUGCUUCUCUAGUACGUAGUAACUCAAUGUUGUUAACAGAAUUUAUGCGUAUGGAGGGAAUGUAUGUCACUACUUUUACUUGUGCUUAAAAAUAAACGGUUUUAUGAAAAUUCGGUUUUCCACGUUAUUCCAAUAGCGGUGAAAUUCAUCAUCACCAGCCCGUUUAUCUACUGAAAACUUCUUGGAACAAAGAAAACCUCAAUUGUUUCUCUCUCUUAACAGCUUGAUCAGACCAUAGUUGUAUUUUCUAUAAUUUUAAUAAUUUAUAGUCUAAUAUAUUAAUUUAUAUUCCUAAGUGAUUAUCAUGUUUUAAAGACACAUAAGUAGGUGGUAAGUUUUUAUAUUUCCAAUUUAAUUAUCUAAGGCCCGGUUUUACUACCUUCUGAUAAGUGUCUGUGAGUUAUUCACAAGUUUUGUCUUUGUCAUUUGACAUGAAGUGAGAAAGUGACAAAACAUACGGUUAAGGCGGAUUUAUAUUUGUCUGGCGUGUCGUGUCGUGACGCGUCAGAACAGAAUCGGUAUCAUUCAUUUUGUAUGGCAACGUUUACACUUAUGUGUUGUGAUAUGUCGUGAUGGUUUCUGAUUCUGUUCUGAUGAGUCACAACACGACACGUCAGACAAAUAUAAAUCCGGCUUUAGACUAUCCAACACUCAUUAGAACGUGGGGAAACCGACUUUAAAUGUAGUUACUUUGUCACUUCAGUAGAUGUUAAUAAUUAUUAUAUACCUACAAACAAAUGUCUCUUAUGUGUAUUAAAUUACUUUUAAUUUGUAUUUAAUGAUUAAGAAUAAUGAUUCAUAUCGAAUUUUACCAAAUGUAAUAUUAGUAUUUAAAUAUUAAUUUAAUUUUUGGUAUUCAUAAAUCCAAGGAUUUUAUCGGGAUAAAAAGCUUAUGUAUCUUUCUUCUAUCGUUCAGUGAAAGUCGCAUUAAAAUCAGUUCAGCGGUUCAGCCAUCUGGACAGACAAAAUUUUUGAAAAUGUUUGUAUUAUAGUAUCGUGUAAAUAUGUAACUUUAAGCACUUGAGAUAACAAAGUUAUUUUUCAGUAAUAGACAAACACUUCUAUUUUUAUGACUAUGUAUCGAUUUAUAUGUGUUGAUAGGUACUGAUUUUCAACGUAAAAGAGCAACUUUGAAAAGUGUAUUUGGCCACGGCGCCUGGUUUCAUGUCAAUGUUUUAAGUGUGUAUGUGUUGUUGUAUGACUUACCAACUAAGUUCUACGCAAUGAUUUUAUACUAAUAAGAUUUAAUAUCAUUGAUUAGAGAGGUAUAU